CACUCAUUAAAUUCAAUUAGAAUUCGGCACGCGAGCAGCCAUGUUGAUCAAAGUGAAGACGCUGACUGGAAAGGAGAUUGAGCUUGAUAUAGAACCGACGGAUAAGGUGGAAAGAAUCAAAGAGCGAGUAGAAGAGAAAGAAGGCAUCCCACCACCACAGCAGCGACUCAUAUUUGGAGGAAAACAAAUGAGUGAUGACAAAACUGCAGCUGACUACAAAAUCCAAGGAGGGUCAGUACUUCAUCUUGUGCUAGCACUUCGAGGAGGAGAACACAAAUGAGAAGAUAAUACUAAUAAUUGAAAUUGUGACUUGUGUAGUGAUUUUCAUU